CAUGCGCAUGACAGGAAGAGUGGUUAUGGCUGCUAACCUGCUGUUCACUGGCGUAGCGAUAACUAACGCUACACAUGGACCAAAUGUCGCUGCCAAAUAUAAGGCACACUGAAGUUUCGUCUAUGUAACGUUGCAAAUGUCUUGAACAUGGCAAAGGUUCUUCGGACAGCAGCUUUAGUUUCGUACCUGUGGAGUUUUUUCAUGCAGUUCAGUCGCGUGUCAGGUCUUGGGAUCAAUGAACUGUUGUAUUUCCGGGUCAUCAGUCCAGAGGAGAUAGGGUAUAUCUUCAGUGCAGCACCUGCUAGAGACUUUGGAGGAGAUUUUACAUCAUCUUAUGAUGAGAUUUUCCUGGUGCCAGCAGACCCAUUAGAUGGCUGCUCAGACCUGAAGGACAGAGAAAUCAUUCAGGGACAAGUAAUCCUGGUGGAAAGGGGAGGGUGUUCCUUCGUACAAAAGGCGCGACAUGUGGAGGAAGCAGGGGGCAAAGCUGUUCUUAUUGCUGAUAAUGCAGUGGACAAUGACAGUCAGUACCUUGAUAUGAUCACUGAUGGAACCACUGUCAAACCAAGCAUACCUGCUCUGUUUCUGCUGGGACGUGAUGGGAUGAUGAUCAGACGAUCUCUUCAGAGACAAGCACUGCCGUGGGCUGUCAUUUCCAUUCCCGUCAAUGUUUCCUCUCUGGCCUCAUUCCCACUUAAGCAACCACCAUGGACACUGUGGUAGAAAUGACUCACACUCACAACUUCAUCCACCCCCUCAAUCAGUCAACAAUUUUCCAUUGGUGCAUAUCAUGUCAGCAGUGAAUAACCUGACAGCCUUGCAGGGAAAGACUUUGGUGGUGGUAAACAAAUUCACACACACUAGUGCUGAACCAAUAAAUUUACAUAUGGACACAUGACUAGAUCAGGUACACACACAGCCGAAGCCAUGUGAAGCAAACCUAUUGGUAAACCUCUUUGUUGGAUACACUAUACCAGGUAAAGACAGUAGAACUUAUGCUCAGAAUAAUUAGUCAGUGGUCAUGUGAGUGCCAGCAAAGCAGUCUCCAGGAACUUGUGUUCAGAUGAUCUGUUCGUCACCAGUGAGUGGUGAAACUGGAAAAUCCAAUAUGCAUUAAUACAACACAUACAAAUUGAAGUGCACUGUUUCUUCUGCCUUGUCUAAUAAUUCAAGUGAUUAAUCAGGCCAUUUGGGAACAAAAAGCCAAAAGAACAGGUCAUGAAAGCAUAUGUUAUACUUCAUCCCAACAACUUACGGGGAAUGUCUCACUGUAAUAAUGUAAAUAACUUCCUGUUUAUCUGCAUGAACUAUAGCACUCUGGUCAGAAGUGAACAUUCUUUUUCUUAUGGCAAAUAAAUAUAGAAUGAAA